AUGGGACUGUUCACCGGGGACGCACUGUGGGCCCUGAGUGUGGCCGCGGCCGUCUUCCUGCUCCUGGUGGACCUGAGGCACCAGCGCCAACGCUGGGCUGCACGCUACCCACCAGGCCCCCUGCCAUUGCCCGGGCUGGGCAACCUGCUGCAGAUUGAUUUCCAGAACAUGGCAGCAGAGGUCAUGUUGACCCCAACCACAGUGAUGGGUGAAGCCAUAGGCUGGACAGGAAGCUGGGCAUCCACGAAAAAGCAGGUUUGAGAAUCCUGGGACACUGCAGACCGGCCGAAUAUGCCCAUCAAUGAGCAUCUAGGCUAUGGGCCUCCAUCCAAAGGCAAACUGAUCACUCACGUUUUGGCACCCUACACCGCAGCCUGGCAUGAGCAGCGGCGCUUCUCCGUGUCCACCAUGCGCAACUUCGGCAUGGGCAAGAAGUCCCUGGAGCAGUGGGUGACCACGGAGGCCAGCUGCCUCUGUACAGCCUUCACUAACAAAGCAGGAUGCCCCUUUAGCCCCAUGACCCUGCUGAAGAGAGCAGUGUGCAAUGUGAUCUCCUCCCUCAUCUAUGCCCACCGCUUCGAAUAUGAUGACCAGCGCUUGGCCAAGAUAUUGCACCUUCUGGAGGACAUGCUGAAGGAGCACUUUGGCUUGGUGCCCAUGGUGAUGCAUGCAGUCCCAGUGCUCCUGCGCUUCCCAGGGCUGCCUGGCAGGGUCUUCCCUGCACAGAAGGCCUUCAAGGCCAUGGUGGAUGAGCUGUUGGAGGAGCACAAGAUGACCUGGGACCCAGCCCAGCCACCGCGAGACCUGACUGAUGCUUUCUUGGUGGAGGUGGAGAAGGCCAAGGGGAACCCUGAGAGCAGCUUCAAUGAUGAGAACCUGCGCGUUGUGGUGGUUGACCUGUUCACUGCAGGGAUGGUGACCACCUCGACCACGCUGGCCUGGGCCCUCUUGCUCAUGAUCCUGCACCCGGACGUACAGCGCCGCGUCUAACAGGAGAUUGAUGAAGUGAUAGGGCAGGUGCGGCAGCCAGAGAUGGGGGACCAGGCCCGCAUGCCCUUCACCAUGGCUGUGAUUCACGAGGUGCAGUGUUUUGGGGACAUUAUCCCACUGGGUAUGCCCCAUAUGACAUCCCGUGAUGUUGAAGUGCAGGGCUUCCUCAUCCCCAAGGGGACGACGCUCAUCACCAACCUGUCGUCUGUGCUGAAGGAUGAGACCGUCUGGGAGAAGCCCCUCCUCUUUCACCCUGGACACUUCCUGGAUGCCCAGGGCCACUUUGUGAAGCGGGAGGCCUUCAUGCCUUUCUCAGCAGGCCGUCGUGUGUUCCUCGGGGAGCCCCUGGCCCGCAUGGAGCUCUUCCUCUUCUUCACCUGCCUCCUGCAGUGCUUUAGCUUCUCGGUGCCCGGACAAGCCCAGCCCAGUGACCGUGGUGUCUUUGCCCUCCUGCUGACCCCAUCCCCGUACCAACUGUGUGCUGAGCCCCGCUAGAGGAGGUGCAGACCCCAACCCUGCCCCCAAACGGGGCUCUGAUGUUCAAUAAACCAGUCUUGUCACUGCCA